CUCAGAGCCGCGACCAUGGCAGGUGGUAACGCACCGGACUUCCUGCCACCCUUUAAGCACUUCGCCACCGAUGCCAUCCACGUCGGGCAGGAGCCCGAGCAGUGGAGUUCCAAGGCCGUUGUGCCGCCCAUCACGCUCUCCACCAUGUUCAAGCAGCGAGUGCCCGGGAAGGACGAGGGUUAUGCAUACACCCGGUAUGAUAAUCCGAACCGGCAUAUCCUGGAAAACGUUAUAGCCGCCCUCGAUGGAGCCAAAUACAGCUUGGCUUUUUCGUCUGGCUUAGCAGCUAUUUCAAACAUCUGUCACCUGCUGGAUUCAGGAGACACAAUUAUCUCCAUGAAUGAGAUGUAUGAAGGCACGAGAGAAUUAUUCGAAAAAUUAGAAGAGGAGUUUAAUUUGAAAGUGGUAUAUAUUGACUGCAGAGACCAAAAAAAGCUGGAAGAUGCAAUUAGACAAGAGACCAAGACCAAGCUGGUUUGGCUGGAGAGCCCCACAAAUCCUGUGCUGACAGUGCUGGACAUCAGAGCCUGUGCAGAGGUGGCACACAGGUUCCAAGAUGUGCUGGUGGCCGUGGACAACAGCUUCAUGUCUCCAUAUUUCCAGCGUCCCUUGGCCCUGGGGGCUGAUAUUUGUAUGUCUUCUGCAACCAAGUACAUGAAUGGGCACAGUGAUGUCCUCAUGGGCCUGGUCUCUGUGAACAGGGAUGAUCUCUAUGAGAGGCUGAAAUUCCUGCAGACCCGCCUGGGAGCUGUCCCCUCCCCCUUUGACUGUUACAUGUGCAACCGGGGGCUCAAGACUCUGCACCUCCGGAUGAAGCUGCAUUCCAAGAAUGGCCUGGCUGUGGCUGAGUUCCUGCAAUCCCAUCCCAGGGUGGAGAGGGUCAUUUACCCAGGGCUGUCUUCCCACCCUCAGUAUGAGUUGAUGAAGAAGCAGUGCACAGGCUGUCCUGGGAUGGUCACCUUCUACAUCAAAGGGAAAAAAGGAAAUGCCAUUGCCUUUCUUGAGAAUUUGAAGGUGUUCACCCUGGGUGUUAGUCUGGGUGGCUUCGAGAGCCUGGCAGAGCAUCCGUACACCAUGACACAUGGCUACAUGGAUGCCAAGACCAAGGAAGAGCUGGGAAUCACAGACACCUUGAUCCGCCUCUCGGUGGGGCUGGAGGAUGAGGAGGAUUUGCUGGCAGACCUGGACCAGGCCCUGGAGGCUGCGUUUCGUAAAUCUUGAGGGUCAAACAGGACCUUGGAACUGGACAUGGCUGUGGACGAGGACACGGAAACCAAACCCCUCUUGCUUUGCCUUUGCUUUGCCAGCAGAGCCCAGUGUUCCUCCUGCUGCUGCAGGGUUUGGGCACUGGGGCUGCUUCCUCUUACUGCUCUCAGGUCAUUCUCUUCUCACCCAUCAGCUCAGCUCAAAAACUGGGUUGACCUCAGAUUUAUUUUAAUUAGGUGUCAGAUUUGCUUAAAAGCUUUUCCUUCUCUUGAUGCAACACUGAUGAUGAAGUGAAAUCCAACUCCUGGCAAAUAAUAACUGUCUGAAGAGAAAUCUUUGUCAUUUGAAAAAAUCAUGUGCUGUGGGAAUGAUUGGAAUUCUUUUAAUUAAAAUCUGCUUUUCCUUUCCUUGCUUAUA